CAACAUCACACUGAAGCCUCACCGAUUGUUGCCAAAAGGCCCGACGGCACCGUCUCUCCUUUCCACCCCUUUUCCUCUCUCGUCUCUCUGUUGGGAUUAAUGAUUCUCUCUUCAGCCUGUUCUCUGCACUGUCUUCGGGUGGAAGUAGUAGCAGCAGCAUCAUCAUCAUCAGCAUUCCAUUCUUGACCUCCGACUCUCACCACCGUGCAAACCGUCACCAAUCGCCUUCGGUCCAGACCUCCUCACUCGCAAUGUCUUCGUCAAUGGCCAUCCCAACCGGCCCUGCCAGUACCAUGGAGUACGACCGCCUUCACCCACGACAGGCUCCGAAGCCGGCUGCCAGCUCGUCGUCGUCCUACUCGAGUUCUCCAAGCACCCCUGAGCCGACGGCAAAGGUCAGUCCCAACUCGGCAAAGAGGCAGGGAAUGACACACCACCGACGGCCAAGUCUUUUAAGCCCGGCGAUUUCCAAGCAAGAGUGCACAACUAUCAAUGUUGGGGAUGAUGGCCAACCGAGGCUGAUCUCCUACCUCUCCUCUAGCCAAGGAUUCAUAUGGAACCCCGAGAUAUUUUUGCCAUCUUACAUGGACUGCGACUAUGUCCCCCUCGAGAACCGCCGAGAGCCGGUGCACGAGAUCUUGCUCAGCGAUGAGGAAAUCCAGAAGAUGCUGCCCAAAUAAACUGUCGAAAGCCACCCAUUGUCCAUCCAGCACACACGAGCGAUCCUAGAUCUGCCUUUCUCACGAGAACAUCCUUCACACUCCGGCGUUCGGAAUUGCGUUUUGCGUUUUUGAUCGUUUUUAGCAGGCAGCUUGCU